AGAUCUGUUACUCUUUCAAACUGGUAACCAAUUGAAUUCUUAAGGCUGUUUGGGGUUCUAUGGAAGAUAUGUCAGGAGAGAGCGUGGUGAGCACGGGGUUGCCUGCAGCUACGACCCGUACCACUUCGUUCAAAGGUUCCAGCCCCAGCUCGAAGUAUGUGAAGCUGAACGUGGGCGGCGCACUCUACUACACCACCAUGCAGACGCUGACCAAGCAGGACACCAUGCUCAAGGCCAUGUUCAGCGGCAGGAUGGAGGUCCUCACAGACAGUGAAGGCUGGAUUCUGAUCGACCGCUGUGGGAAACACUUUGGGACCGUCCUGAACUACCUGAGGGAUGGGGCGGUGCCCCUGCCAGACAGCCGGAGGGAGACAGAGGAGCUACUGGCGGAGGCCAAGUACUACCUGGUCCAGGGCCUGGCGGAUGAAUGCCAGGCCGCUCUGCAGAACAAAGACGCCUACGAGCCGUUCUGUAAAGUGCCCCUGGUGACAUCAUCUAAGGAGGAGCAGAGACUCAUCGCUACCUCUAACAAGCCAACAGUCAAGCUCCUGUACAACAGAAGCAACAACAAAUACUCCUACACCAGUAAUUCCGACGACAACAUGCUGAAGAACAUCGAGCUGUUUGACAAGCUGUCGCUGCGCUUCAACAACCGCGUGCUGUUCAUCAAGGACGUGAUCGGAGAUGAGAUCUGCUGCUGGUCCUUCUACGGGCAGGGCCGCAAGAUCGCAGAGGUGUGCUGCACCUCCAUAGUCUACGCCACGGAGAAGAAGCAGACCAAGGUGGAGUUCCCCGAGGCUCGCAUCUACGAGGAGACCCUCAACAUCCUGCUGUACGAGUCCCAGGACGGGCGUGGCCCCGACAACGCCCUCCUGGAGGCCACGGGGGGCGCCGCCGGACGCUCCCACCACCUUGACGAGGAUGACGAGCGCGACCGCAUCGACAGGGUUCGCCGGAUCCACGUCAAGCGGCCCGACGAUCGCACGCACCACCACCACCAGUGACUGCUGUCCUAUCAAGCAACAUCCCCCCCAGCCCUGCUCCCCCACACUCCAGGAGAGCACUCUGGUGCUGGACUGUCGCCUGUGCCUUACACCCCAUGCCUCUCUCUCUCUCUCUCUCCCCCACUCUCUCUCUCUCGUCCUACCACCCUCUAGAAGUUGGCUUGGUGAGAGGGUUCAAACUUAAACUGGUUUAAAGUGGUGAAUUCCCUUUUUUUGGUAGUUAUCUGAAAGUGUUUUAUUGUCUUGUGUGAAGAGGUAUCUAGAGGUGUGUCGCUGUUCUGUGUGUCCUAGCAGAGUCUUGAGGUCGUGUAUGCUAGUGUAUGGACCUGCAGUAUUUGUUUUUAAUAUGAAAAGGAUUUUAUGCAGUCAUGGCUCCAGUAGAAAUCAUUGUCAGUGUAUGUUUCUUUGUUUCCCUCCUUACAGCCUCGAUAAACAGCCAGAAAAAUAAGAGCCAUGCGAUAUGUGCAGUAGACAAGUCGGAUGUUUAUUGUCCAAUACUGUUUUGGUAUGUCAUACGUGCUGUCAUACAUGCUCAUUUGUUACUUAGUGUUAAGACACCUGAUCAUGGCAGGGAACCUGCUGUUCCAGAAAUCCCCACUAGGAGGCAGUGGUCUAUCAGAGGAUGGCAGCCUUCGACCAAGUAGUAUCCCUCAGGUCGUGGCCUCAUUUGAAUUCAUUCGUAUUGAAAUCACAAUGACAAUACCCAUUGUUGAAUAUGUCAGAUUUGGAGGUAAUGGAAGCUGUAGCCUAUUUCAGAGCCCCGUAAGACAUCUUUUUUUGAUGACUAUUUAAUUAAGUGUUCCUAAGUUCCUCGCAAGUGAUCAUUUCAAAGGUGAGAACCUGAGCUGUGGCAGGAGGUGUUGAAUGUUCCAGGGUGAUUGGAUGAUGGAGCCCAUGGCUGGAAUGAAUGAGUGAAACCAGACACCCCCCCCCCCCCCUCAGUGAAAGAGGCCUGUCUCCCAACAAGCUUUUAACAGCCAGAGGAAUUAGACCUGUCCCUCAUCAUAGCAGUCAUUAAGACGCGUGUACUAUGUCCACAAGCCAGAUGGAAAUGUGUGUCUUUUUAACGAACUUCGGUACUUCUAGAUAAAUCUGUUUCUACAAACAAACAUGCACACAGAAUAUUUUACAUAUACUGUAUUUAUACCAACAAUAAAGUAUUUAUACCAGCUA